CGCGCACAUAACUCUAAACAGUAUCAAUUGUGAGUCCUACUCAUCAUGGCGUACGCUGGGCGCCUGGCGAUUAUUGCCGGCGGAAUCGGCGGGCUGGGAUCUGCGACAGCUUCUCGUCUUCGAGACUUGGGCGCUGAAGUUGCGCUCUUAUACGCCCCUUUUGAAGUUUCCAGAGUCAAAGACACGCUCACACGGGUCUUCGACAGCGGAACGCCGGAAAAUGUCUACACCUUCGAAUGUGACAUUACUUCGGAGUCUUCCGUGAAUCACGUCUUUCAGCAGAUUGGUCGACUGGAUGCAUUCCCGUCCAUCUUGGUAAAUGCUGCAGGUUAUGUCUCAGUCCAACCACUAGAGGACACCUCCGCCGAAGAAGCACUGAAGAACUUUCUGCCCAACCUACUUGGUCCUUUCAUAACCAGCAAUGCCUUCUUCCGUUUAUAUCAAUCUAAGGUUUCGAAACUUGGAGAGGGGAAGGCGCCACCAGGCCGGAUCGUCAGCAUCGCCUCGCAGGCUGCCCACGUUGCAUUGGACGGGCAUGGAGCAUAUUGUGCAUCAAAGGCCGGACUCAUUGGGCAUACCAAAUGCAUGGCAAGCGAAUGGGGUGGCAAAGGCAUAACAGCAAACACUGUGAGCCCUACGGUCACGUGGACGCCACUGGCCGCAAAAGCAUGGGCAGAUGAGGCAAAGAAGGAGAAGCAUCUUGCUCAGAUUCCGACGGGAAGAUUCAGUGAGCCUUCAGAGAUUGCUCAUGCCAUCGAGUUUCUUUGCCGCGAUGAAAGCGCCAUGAUCAAUGGCGCAGAUAUCAGAGUGGACGGCGGUUUCACAAUUGCCAGGUAGCCGAUCCAUAUCACAUCACUGCUAGUAAUAUAUACCUUCUGGCC